CACACUAUGACGACUUUUAAGUUCCACAUGCGCCCGCUGCAUUUGACACUUGGGAUUUUUGGAUUAUGGCAUUCUGCAAAGAACGAUAAAGUCGAACCUGGGCUUGAGAAGAGUGGUAACAACAAGGAAUUCGUAAAACCUCGUUUUUUCUUCAGACUUUUGAGAGUGUAUUGUAUUUUUAUCUGCUGUCUGUUAACGUUAAAUGUUCUACGCUACAUUCCAAGCUUCUGGGUCGGAAACGACUUCGUUCCUGGCCUCACGGCACUUAGGGUAGUGAUUCUUCUAUGGUACACCCAGAAUGCUAUCAGUGCUAUCGUUAUUUUCGUGUUCUUUGAUAACAAGGACCACUUCCAAAAGUAUACGGAACAGUAUAACCGUGUGAUUAGUGAUCAGAUCUCAAAGCGACUUAAAACAAAUCCAGGAUGUCAAAUAAUCAGAAGAUGUAUGAUACGAAACCUAGUUGUAGGGUGGAGUAUUGUAAUCUUCAACUCACUUCUUGUAGCCUCUCUGAUUUUCGUGGACAUCGUUCCAGCUUUUGUGGUGGCUACAUGCAACCCUAUGUCUUAUACUUCGGGUUUGGUAAAACUCUUAGUGUGCUUCAUUCAGUUUUUGAAUUCAGGAGUUUGGAUAUUUCCUAUUGUCCUUCACUACACUCUAACAACAGCAAUUCAACUCCGAUUUGAGGAAUUAAAUGGGCUUAUAGAGAACAUAGCUUUAGACAAAUGUGACGAUCGUUUUGAAAUCGUUAAGAAUGUUCGUCAGAAACAUCUACAGUUGUGUAAAAUGGUGGAAACGGUAGACCAAAGUCUGAGCUACUACGUAGCAAAUAUGUACACCGCAAACAUAGCACUUGCCUGCUUCAUAGCAUAUAAUAUGAUAAAUGGAUUCAGCAAAUCCAUAAGUAUACCCGAAACCAUCACUCUUUCUUUCUGGCUUGCUUCUUCCUUCUUCAUAUUGUUCAUCAUCUCCAAGAAAUCAGCUACAUUACACGAGAAGGCGCAUGAUUUAUCCUCCUUGAUAAUGGAUAUCAAUUUAGAAGGUGCCACUAUCCAGGAUAUUGCACAAAUUAACCUGCUUGUUGCCAAACUCCACGGUCCUUCAGUUGGACUUUCCGUGCUAGGGAUCAUCACCAUUACCAAGGAGAUGAUUUUAACACUGGCUGGGCUUUUCCUGACCUACUUCUUUCUACUCGUUCAAUUUCGAAUUUAG